UUGAAAAAAAAAAAAAAAACUGAUGAAUUAAAUAGACCUUUAAAAUAAAAAAAAAUAAAUAGAGCUGCGCUUGGAACAUUUAAAUAUAAAAGUAGAGUAGAUAGAAAUGCAAUAGAAACCUUUGGACAAAGAAAUUCCAAGAACUCUAGCCCGCCAUUUCUCCACGAAAUUAUCGAUCGACACUUGACUUGAUUUAGUCGUUAAAAAUAAAAUAAAACAUCUUUUACUUUUAUUCACUGCACUAAAUACUGACUAAAUCUUACUGACAUAUUUAUUUAGUCACUAUUCCGGUCAAUUUUUUUUUCUACACUGAUCGAUCCAUUGUCGUUGCCGCGCACUUUUUUUCAAACAUUGUAUUAUAAUUAAAUAGUAAAUUGUAUCUGUCUUUAAUUUAAAAUUAAUGUCAAUAUAUUAAUUAAUAAACUCAUUUAAUUAAUUAUUUAUUUAAUAAUAGAUCAAGCAAAAUUACCGGAGAUGUGAACAAUGGGAAUGAUGAAGUACUAAUGAGCGUCAAUGUAAAGUUGGCUAGAGCUUCAUCAUUUUCACGGUCUCCUAUUGGUUUAAAUUUUUCAAAAUUGCCGAAUCAAAUAAUUCAUAAUUAAAUCGGCGAAUUUUUCGACUACAGUGUCUUGUGGGUAAUUUAAAAUUAAGAGAGGUUAGUUUUACACUUCACAGUCUAGUGUAAACAUUUUGGGGUCAAUUUAUUUAAAUUCACUAUUGUAAUAAAUAAGACAUUUUUUAAUUGAAUUAUUCAGUAAAAAAAAUGUGUGCGUGAUAGUAAUGAAGUACGUAAAUUAUUCUUAGUGCGUGAGUGAAGUAAGUGAAAAAAUUUUAAAAAAUGAUCGUGUCAAUCAAUAGAAUGUCACGGUUUGUUUAUUCGAAUGAGUGUGAAUGUAGCAGACAUCGGACAAAUUUAAAAUUAUAAAUAAAUAAAAUAAAUAAUUAAUAAAAUAAAUUUUAAGAAAAAUGCGCAUUUAAAAAAUUUUUGAAUUAGAAAAAAUAAAUCUACAAAAGAGGAUUUAAAUCUUAGUCUUGCUCUGCUUGGGCGAGCCGAAGCUUUAAUGGCUUUGGGAGAAUACGAGUUCGCGAUUAAUGACUUGAAAGCUAUAGAUAUUGAAUCACCACAAAAUGUCAGAGAACAAUUAGAACGGAAAUUGCAAGAGUGUCAUCGUCUAUUUGAAGAGUCAAAAAAAUCAAUAGCCACUUGUGAAUCUUCUAGUGGGAUUAAAAAAAGGGAAUGGAACAAUAACUAUCACAAACCCGUUUCUCCAGAGGUAACUGGAGGUUUACAUCCGUUGCUACCGGGCAUUUCGAAGCUUGUAGAAAUUCAAGAGACUACAGAAGCAGGCAAGCACGCGGUUGCCGCUGAGGAUGUUCAAAUUGGAAAUGUAUUAGCGUGCGAAACGCCUCUGGCAUCAUGUCUUCUCCCCGAGUAUUACGGUACACAUUGUCAUCAUUGUUUUGUAAGGUUAAGAGCCCCAGUCGGUUGCUCAGUAUGUAGCAGUGUAGCUUUUUGCGGUCGAAACUGUCGAGACGAAGCUUUAAAAACGUACCAUAAAUAUGAAUGUAAAAUCCUCGUUCUACUUAUCGGAUCAGGAAUGAGCAUUCUGAGUAUGUUAGCAUUACGAAUGGUUACUCAAGUAGGGCUGCAAGGCUGUUUGCGUCUGUACCAACGGAUUAAUGAAAAAGACAGCAAUAAUAAUAAUAAUAAAAAUUUAUCAAAAAGCCAAGUCAGCAUGAGCAAGUCAUCAAAACGACGACUUAGAAAAAAAAAGCUAAAGGAAAAUUAUUCGUUGUCUUCAUCUAAUUCUGUUUCUCUGGACAAAGAAGGCUUGGAUAAUGACGUGGAUGACCGAGCGUACGAUUUGGUCACUUUGAAAUCCAAAAGGUCGAAUAUUGAUUUUUUUGAGCGUACACUCAUGGCGAUAUUUAUUAUUAAAUGUCUCCAGGAAGUUUACUUUUUAGAAAAUAUAUCUCACGAUUCACCAACAGAAGAAGAAAUAGCUGUAGGAACAGUUUUACUGCGAAACCUUCAAUUACUACAAUUUAAUGCCCACGAAAUUUUCGAAACACGUGUUAGUAACGAGCAUCGAUUCCGUGGCAGCAAAACAGUUUAUCUAGGGGUUGCAAUUUACCCAGGAGUUGCCCGUUUCAAUCACGAUUGUUACCCAGCCGUAACUAGAUAUUUUAGCGGCCGUGAUAUUAUUAUAAGAGCAACCCGAACUUUAACAAAAGGACAAGUUAUUGCCGAAAAUUACGGUCCGAUAUUUACAAAGAGAAACUUGAAGGAGCGUCAACGAUCCCUUGAAGGACGAUACUGGUUUAAAUGCACCUGCGAUGCAUGUAAGGAGGAUUGGCCAAAGUUUGAGGUCUUGAUUAAUUGUACGCCCAGAAUUAGGUGUACGACGGAAAACUGCGAGGGAUUACUGCCUCAAGCAAGUCAACUAGAUAAUUUAGUAAAGUGUACGCGUUGUAGAAAAAAAAUAAAUCUUAAAUCCCGUAUAAUGAGCUUAAGUCGUUGUGAAGAGAACUACACUCAAGGACUAACAAGUAUGGAGCAAGAAAAUUCAGCGGAAGCUAUUGAUAAAAUUGCUGAGGCACUUGAGGAAUUUCAUAAAAUAGCAUCGCCUCCUCAUCGUGAAACGCAUUUGGCUGAAAUUGCUUUAGCGGCUUGUAUGGCUGAUUCGGGAAAUCGAUGGAGACCGACAUUUGCUUAAAUAUAAUGAACAAUAAAUAUAUUACACUGCAUUUUAUUUAAUAAAUUAUUUAUG